AUGGCGCCCGUAGUUCAUGUGCCAUACCGCCACGGCGGCUGGCUGCCCAAGAACCGCGUCAUCAUGAUCGACUGGCUCAAGCACCUGGUCAAGGAAGUCGACAAGAGACGUGAGCCUCUGACUCUUCCCAAUGAAGUCGAAGACCUUAGGAAACUGAUUGAAAGCCGCCCCGAUCUCCGCAUGUUGGCGUCGGCCAUGCUCUCCGAGGUUCCAAACAAGGAGCCUUACCUCUCUGAUCCGGUUGGCAACAGACAGAUUCGAGACAUCGACCAUCUUCUCCAACUCUUCGGCGUGGUCAUGACUACGAAAGCCCCCGAAUGGAGCAAGGCGGGGUACGAUAUUGGCCUUAUUGGGUUCCCUUUUAAUACCGUUCUUGACUGGCCCAUGGCCACGCCCAGCGGAUAUGCGUUUUUCCUGAAGGAGGAGGUCAACGAAAAGUUCAAGGCAAUUUUGAAUACUUGGAAAGAGGAGGUUCUAAUGACCUCGGACUCGCUGUACGUCAUCACUACUAAGGAAAACAUGUGGCUCAGCGAGCCGGCACUCACGGCCAUUGAGAAAGACACAAACGUCGAUGGAGUAGACCGCAAAUUCCCAGAGCUUUUCAUUUGCGACCCCGAGGGCGACCCUGUCCAUUGGGGGUUCAAGUCCUGGGACGACUUCUUCGUCCGUCAGUUCAAAGACAUCGACAAUCUCCGCCCCGUUGCGUCCCCCAAGCAGCCCGAAAUUCUAGCCAACGCGUGUGAGUCGAGAGCAUACCAGAGGCAGAUAAACGUCAAGAGGCGCGACAGCUUCUGGCUCAAAGGCCAGCCAUACUCGCUCUCCGAGAUGCUCGACGGCCACUCCUGGACCGAAGACUUUGUCGGCGGCACCAUCUACCAGGCCUUCCUGAGCGCCACCUCCUAUCAUCGAUGGCACUCGCCUGUCGCGGGCAAUGUCAUCAGAACAGAAGUCAUUCGCGGGACAUACUUCUCGGAGCCUACCAUCACCGGCUUCUUCGACGGCAACCACCCCGACCCGGCGGCGCCGGAUCAGGCUCAGGCGUACAUCACUCACGUCGCCGCCCGGGCAAUUUUCUUCAUUGAGGCAGAGCCCCCGGUUGGCCGAGUGUGCCUCGUCUUUGUCGGCAUGGCGGAUGUAUCGUCGUGUGAGAUUUUGAAGAAGUUCAAAACGGGUAAACCCACGCGUGUAGAGAAGGGCGAGCAGAUUGGCAUGUUCCAUCACGGAGGCUCGACUCACUGCGUGGUUUUCCGCAAGGGGAUCAAGAUUGACUUUGUUCCGGAGGCUGAUCCUGAGACAGCUAAAAAGAACCUUAUGCUUCGGGCCAAGUUGGGCACUGUGACGGAGGUUUGA